AUGGAGACUGCAGACAGCAGCUGGCAAGAUGGGGGCCUCGGCGUGUCGGGCUUCGUGCGUUUCUUGCUGCGCAUCGCCGUUCACCGGGAGGAGUCCGCCGGGAGGGCAAAGGCGGCCACGGUGACGCUGACAAGGUCUUUGAAAGAGCUCAUCGGGAGCCAUCUGCAGCGCGCCAAGUGUAGUGAGGACGACCAGUUCACCAUGUCUCUGCAGACGGGAAAGGUGCAACAUCUGCGGGAGAUCUGGGAGCCUCUGUCGCGGAAGAUCUUUCAGUUGUACGCCGAGCAGGGUCACGUCGGAGAGGAGCUUAGGAUGGGCGAGGACUCAUUGGUGCUCUUGCUGACUGACGCAGGUGUGCUAGGCGGCUGCUUGUCAGAAGCCGGCGCAAGGCAGAUGUGUCGCAGCCUACUGCCGCGGCGGCACUUCCGCGGCGGGCCGCGGAGCUUCUGCUUCAGAGGCCACGCCGAGGUGCGUCGCAGGAGGCCUCGGUCGCCCUCCUUGCCACCGAAAGUGGAGGGCCGUCAGCCCUACUACGCGGAGCUUGGCAGGUCAGAGGGCUUGUACUUCGAAGACUUUCAGGAGAUUCUCCUAGGUCUGGCCAUGUAUCACAACCCCAACCUGGUGGUGCCCAUUGAGCUCAGGUUCGAGCAGUUUCUGAUGGCCAUGAUGGAGGGGCUGAAGCGGUGCAUCCUGCCGCUUCCGGAGGAACUGGACAAAGAGAUGCCGGAACAUCUGAAAGUGCAGGUCAACCGCGCAGAAGAGUGGGAUGCCCGGCAGAGGGCUUGGGAUGAGAUGCAGGAAGCCCUACAGGGCUGCGCAGAAGUGCCCACGGAGGGCUGGAACAAGGCGGAGCGCGAAGCCCGGCGCCGGAGCUUCCAGGAUACGGCUGCCGCUAGUUUGGCCGAGAGGAGAUCCCUCAGUGCACCGCCCGGGCUCUCUCUGCGCAGUCGGUUCCAGAAGGUCGCGCGCAAAGAAUUGGCCGUUGUCAGCGCCAUGGCAUCCGCAGCCUCAGAGGCCUCAGAAGGCAAAGCUGGCCUGGGUCACCCGGCCGGGCACCGCUUGGAGACGAUGAAGUCGAUCAUGAAAGCCGCCAAGCGGCUGGGCACCGACAUCAACGUUGCGGAGCUGCAGCGGAAGCGCGCCGAAGUGGGGCGCCAGGCUAUGCAGCGUCGCCGGAGCUCAGCCAUGGUCAAGGUGAAGUUCCUGGCGGACCGGCGGCGGUCGGUGGAAGCGAGGGCUUCCAACGUGCCGAGUGCGGCACCCUCCAAUCAGUUUGCGGGGAUGCUACACACUGCCACCUCCAUCGAAGCGCCACAGACCUGGGCUGGCCCCGUACACCCCCGCUGGCAUUCUGUGGAGGUGGUGACGUGCGUGACCGGCGGCAAAGACGUGGUGGUGGCGGACUUCCCGAUGUAUCGCCUCUUCCGGGCGACCACCCCGCUGCCGGUGCACAACGUCUGCGAGGAUGUGAAGUGGGAGGGUAUCGACUUUCGUCUGCGCAAGUACAAGGAGUUCUUCCAGGACGUGCUGUAUUUUGUCGUGGACGGCCUGGACGUGUUCUUCAACGAUGUGACAGAGGCGACCGCCCCUUCCGGCCCGGUGACUGCACGGGUCAUCGCCCGGCGCUACGAGGAGCUGGCUGCGCCACCCCGUGCCAUUGUCAUGUCCACGGAGCGACUUUGUGGCUGGGGCGGUGCCAGAUUCUGCUCGCAGGAGGAUGAAGCCAGAUACCCGGAGGCCCCCACAGACUCCAAGUACCUCAACGCGGGCGGCUAUGUGGGACCAGCGGAGGAGCUUCUCGAGAUGCUGUCGGCCGUGCUGCACAUGAAAAGCACUGCUGUGGGCGAGCAUUAUGAGAAAGGUCAGCUGUCAGACCAGUACUUCUUUAAGCUCUACUUUUGGGACCACCAGGACCGGAUUGCGCUGGACUAUCACCAGAAGAUCUUCGGGAACUUCCUGGAGAUCUCCAACCGGCCCUGCGACACCGAUUGGGCGCCCACCUGUGCAGUGAAGCCUUGCUGCACUGAGAGCGACAACUUCCGGAGGUUUCACGAGCUUUUCUACGAGCGCUUCACAGUGAAAGCCUGCGCAGUGUGGCGGGAGGACAACUUGCCGGUCUCCUGGCACGGCAAUGGAGCGGGCAAGUGGCUCUACCUUCUCGCGCUGGACCAGCUUUCCCUGAACUGCGGGCCCGCGGCCAACGUGACCCGGGCGCAGAUGCCGGAGCAGAUGAUGGCAGAUCUCUUCCACAAGUACGAGGCCCGAGCGCAAAGCGAAGGUGACAACUGGCCCGGGGGCUUCCUCACGAGCGUGGCCACACAUUUGGAGGAGCCAAGUGAUGAGAUCCCGCAGUGCCGGACAUGA